AGGAGAAAGUGAGCGGAGACAGGAGAGAACGGGCUGAGGAGGAGCAGAGCGAACAGAGAACGAGAGAGAGAGAGAGAGAGAGAGAGAGAGUCCGGGUACGAUGCUGGAAUAACGGGGAAAGAAACCACCACAGCGCCGAAUCUCCCGCAGGACCGCGGGCCGCAUCUGUGUCGAAGAUGUCUGGGAAACUCGACAGUAAGCAGGACUCCCAACGUUCUCACUUGUCAUCCUUCACAAUGAGGCUGAUAGACAAAUUUCAUUCCCCCAAGACCAAAAGGACGCCUUCAAAGAAAACAACUAAGCCUCCACCAGAGCGUCAAAGUGUCAAGACUGCUGAGCAGCCUAUCACUAAGAAUCACAGUCGGUUGGACGAUCAGGAGAAAGAGGUGGUUAGUGCCUUGCGUUACUUCAAGACAAUAAUCGAUAAGAUGGCGGUGGACAGGAAAGUUCUGGAGAUGCUUCCUGGCUCUGCCAGUAAAGUACUGGAGGCUGUCUUGCCUUUUGCGCAGCUUGAUGCCAAGAUUCAGAACAGUUCGUCUGUGCAGUCCUGUCUCAGUCGAGUGUAUCAGAGUCUUGGGAACCUCAUCCACUGGUCCGAUCAGGUGAUGUUGGAAGGAAUUAACCUGGAGGAGAAGGAGACCAUUGGGGCUGUCACUACUAUCAUCAAAGCAGUGCUGGAUAGUGUAAAGGAAUUGGUGAAGCUGAUAGAGGAGAAACAAGAGCAUCCCUCACCGACCUCUCCCAAAGCCAAACCUGUGCCAUCAGUCACCAGCUCAGAAAGUGUCCCAGAGCCUCCUGUUAUAGAGACGGAAGAUGAGAACUUGACUAACUCCUCUGCCUUGAGCCAUUCCACCGAGGCCCUGACGGACGUGCCCCCAGCUGAGGAAGUGGCCCCUCCCAAACCUCCACUACCUGGACUCAAAGUGCCUGAGCACUGUCCCCCAGCUCUUCCUCCUAAGAAGCGUCAGUCAGCUCCAUCUCCUACGCGAGUUGCUGUCAUCGCGCCGAUGAGCCGCACCACAAGUGGAUCCAGUCUUCCAAUUGGCAUCUGCAGACAGGACUAUGAAGCAGAUGCCUUACAGAGGCGUUUCUCUGGUGGCAGUCACUCAUACGGAGGGGAGUCCCCACGGGUGUCUCCCUGUGGCAGCAUGGGCAAGCUGAGCAGGUCAGAUGAGCAGCUGUCUUCGCUGGAGCAGGACAGUGGACAGUGCUCUCGCAACACUAGCUGUGAGACACUAGAUACAGCAGAGAGCUACGACCCUGACUAUGACUUUCUUAGUCAGGAUUUAUCCACUGUGGAUCAGAUCCCUCUCCCUACAGGAGGCUGUCUUAGCCCCCUUCCUGAGUCCCAUCGAGAGUCGUCCUCCAGUCCCAGCCAGUUUCCGUAUGGCUCACCUUCUCUUCUUCAACCUGCUCUCCCGCAUCACUCUCACAUCAUUGCACCUCCGGCUUUGCCUCAAAAGAAGCGACGUAGUGGUAACCCUCCGACCCCCUUUGAUGGAUUGACUUCUCGUGCUACAUUUGAGCGGCUCCACUCCCAAUAUGAUAACGUACCUGAUGAUGAAAUGCAGGUGCCACCCUUCCCCCUGUUCACCCCUAUCACACCUAUGCCCCUCUGCGACCCUGCGGGGUUCGGGACAGACUUUGUCGCCUCAGAGAAUGCUCUCGUUCCUCAGAGUCCUCCACCUCUACCUGAAAAGAAGAGUAGACACAUUCUGAAGUACAUGCAGUUUAUGGAGGAUUACUCUGAGCCUCAGCCGUCCGUCUUCUACCAGACGCCACAGAGCGAGAGCAUCUAUGAGCAGCGCAACAGACACUUACAGGAAGUGUACGGCUUCAACGACUCGUUCAGCAGCAGCGACUCUGUGCAUGAGCCACUCCCUCCCCCUGCGCUCCCACCCAAGCAGAGACAGCUGGCCUCCUCUCACUCUGCGUCUCCUUCCUCGUCCUCCUCUUCCUCUUUGUCGUGCCACCUGCAGCAGUGUGCCAGCGGGCUGGGUUCUGCUGAGGUGGAUGCUGCAUUCAGCCUGUCCAUCUCUAGCUCCUCUCUGGGCUGUCAGGCCUCUCCUCCUGCCCCCGUGAGCCAGAAUGCUAGCGAUGAGGGUGGCGAGGGUGAGUACGUCAAUCUGUAUUCAUCCAGCCAGGCCAACGGGGACCUGCCGCUCUCUAAUGGAGACCCCAGCUGUGGAGCGGAGGAUUCACUCCAGGAUUCAGCCUCAGACCACAGCAAAGAGCAGAUCACCUCAGACAGUUGGAAACAGAAGUGUGCGGACUCGGACCUGAGCUCAGAGGAGCUGAAUGAGCUGUCGUUGGUGGACCACACUGAGAUCAUGGCACGCAUCACACUAAAGCAAGAGAAUGACGAUGGCCCUGAUGUCCGAGCAGGAUCAGGGGAUAUUUUACUCGUCCAUGCUACAGAAACAGAUCGCAAAGAUUUGGUUCUAUACUGUGAAGCUUUCCUGACAACGUACAGGACGUUUCUAACCCCAGAGGACCUCAUUAAGAAGCUCCACUAUAGAUAUACUAGGUUUUCUCACAGUUCAGAUAACAUCCAAAAGCGAGUGAGCAAAAACACCUUCUUUGUGCUCGUGCGUGUUGUGGACGAGCUGUGUUUGGUGGAGCUGACUGAAGACAUCCUGAAGCAGCUGAUGGAGUUAGUCUUCAGUCUGGUGUGUAACGGGGAGCUUAGUCUGGCUCGGGUUCUCCGUAAGAACAUUCUGGAUAAAGUGGAGCAAAAGAAGCUGCUCAGCUACACAAACUCACUCAAGACGCUGGCAGCCCGCGGUGUAGCUGCCAGGCCGGGUACACUUCAUGACUUUCGUAGCCAUGAGAUUGCAGACCAACUCACACUGCUGGAUGCUGAGCUGUUCUAUAAAAUAGAGAUCCCUGAGGUCCUGCUCUGGGCAAAAGAACAGAAUGAAGAGAAGAGCCCCAACCUUACUCAGUUCACAGAGCACUUCAACAACAUGUCUUACUGGGUGCGCUCUAUAAUAAUCCAGCAGGAAAAAGCCCAGGACCGGGAAAAACUCCUCCUCAAGUUUAUAAAAAUUAUGAAGCACUUAAGAAAACUUAAUAACUUCAACUCCUACUUGGCAAUAUUGUCAGCGCUGGACUCUGCACCUAUUCGGAGACUGGAAUGGCAGAAGCAAACCUCAGAGGGCCUCGAGGAGUACUGCACUUUAAUCGAUAGCUCCUCUUCCUUCCGGGCAUACAGAGCAGCGCUGGCAGACGUAGAGCCCCCCUGCAUACCCUACCUAGGUCUAAUCCUUCAGGACUUGACUUUUGUGCACCUUGGUAAUCCAGACUUCAUCGACGGAAAGGUGAACUUCUCAAAGCGCUGGCAGCAGUUCAACAUUCUGGACAGCAUGCGGCGCUUCCAGCAAGUGCAUUAUGAACUCAAACACAACGAUGACAUUGUCUCCUUCUUCAAUGACUUCAGUGACCAUCUCGCUGAGGAGGCGUUAUGGGAGCUUUCUCUGAAGAUCAAGCCUCGCAAUAUCACACGACGCAAAACAGAACGGGAGGAAAAGACAUAGGGGUCCGUUCAUGAACAGGACUCUGUUUAAAGCGAGCAUUGUGGACACAUGAGAAAAAGCAAUUAGAGGUGACUGGGAUGGCAGCUACGAGACUGGUGGGAUACUGCAUUUCCGCAACAGUUUACAGGACCUCUAUAUAUUUGUGUGUAUGUGUGUGUGUAUGUAUGUAUGAGUGUGUGUGUGUAUGCGUCUCGGCACUGCAUCUUGUGAACAUUUGGGUGGAAGAGAGUGCAGAGCACAAAGAUGUGACUAGACAUUUGCUCCUGAAUCCUCUCUGGAUCUAGUAUUUAACGAGAUUCAUGUUGGACGUUGUGAUGUGGAACUUGAGGUGAUUGGCUCUCGCCAUUCAGAUGCAUGACGUUUCAGUGUGCCAGCACUGUGAGCCAAUGGAGACUGUGCCUCUGUGGCACCCAGCCUGUGAAACGGUGCCAUCAUUUCUGAGGAAAUGGCUUUAGAUGGUGCAAAUGAUGUUCCACAACUAUGGAGAUUUUUUUAUGGAGAAAAUGCACAUGGACGACUGUUUACUAAGGACUCUAGAAGGAGUGUUGUAUGUAUUUACGAUCCCAAUUUUAACAGCUUUCAGCAUUUGGCACUAGGUCUUGGUAUCUGUAUACAGUUAUUAUUAUUAUUAUUCUUGUUAUUAUUAAUAGCAUGAUCCAAAUGCUUAUGGGAAUUUCAACUGGCUUAGCACUUUACUUGGCUUAAAAUGUUUACUUUAAUAAGUUUUCGUCGUUGCCCCACUGAGAUAACCUGGUUUACUCUGAGCUGGCUGGAUUGCUAGUUCUGUCCUCACUUCCCCUUUGGGGACCUAUUGGACCUCAGUGAUUCUUCCAGUGUCCUCUGCUACGAAAUGCUCCGGACAUGUUCUUAGUAACGCUACCCAUGCUAAAAAGCUGAAUAGAAAUGAGAGGCGCUCUUCAAAUCAAGUCUUCCAGCGAUUAUUUAUUAAACUUCUUGCUAUUUUUCAGGGAAAUGUCAUGUUUUUGAGUAAGUUUUGUGAAUUGUGUAGUUAAAUUCGAAUACUCAUCACAGCUAGUAGUGUACCCUACCAUUUCUUGUUGUUUGUGGUUAUUGCUAGAAAAAAAAGCUGAGGCAUUUACAGAUAAACAGGUAAUGCUGUCUAUCAGCUGAGAAAGAUCCAUCAAAGGGUGUGAGACUAUGUCCAAGAUGUUAACAGUUCCACAGCACAUUUCAUUGAACUUUUACAGUGUGCGCUCAUAACCUGAUACCAAGUGCCUAAAGCUGUUCAAAUGGUGGGAUGAUUUCUGUCCUUUAUUUUUGUAUAAUGCAGUUCUCCUUUGGGGUUUUGUGUUUUUUAAAGGAUUUUACACAGACACUUUUGGAGAGACUUAUUCUCCCUUUCUCUCAACGGUAUGAGAAGCGCUCGUACAUGCACUUAAAAGCUGUUCUUGAGCAAAAGAAAAAGGCUGUGAUGAGGGUCAGACAAGCCAGUGCAUACAUACACACAGCCAUACAUAGAGGACUAAAGCUCAAGUCACUCUCUAGGGUGUGAAAAUAAUGGGUACUGUGAGAGGAACCUCAUCCUUUAUUAGAAUUAUCGGGAUUUACAAUCCCAGUCAGUAAUCAGUGCAUCUGAUAGGUCAGUUUUGAGUACUGAACAGCAGAGGCUUGUGGUUCACAGCAAACCACUCUGUACAACAUGCAAUAGGUACGUGUACCAUGUCAGGCCUGUGUGUGUAAUUUCUGAUUGUGGCUUUCACAGACCAAGCCUCGAUCAGUCCAAAUGGAGAAGAGACUAAAUGAAUUCUCUGUACCAUCUUGAAGAAAAUGAAAAACAUGUACUUCUGUACACUCAUCCCUCUGAAACUGCUUAAACAAGACACAUAUCACCAUUUCUUUGGCAUUAGUGUGUGAAUCAUUUCUCAUUAUCUGCUCCAGUAAAGCACACAAUGUGCCUCAUUAGUGAGUUUCAGGCAUGCACUGUGGCAGGUCUUCCUACUUCAGUUUCACAUUGUACUGCUGACCCUAAGCAGGAGCUGGACAUACAGCCUGUUUUACAUACCAGCAUGGUGACUGUGGAAAUGAAUGAUAUGCAGUGUUGAGCCAAAAGAUGACCACUUGCCUAAUAUGCUUUUGGUUUUUCAUGUGCCACCAAAACAGCUCUAACUUGCUGCUUCCAAGACCUCUGAAGGGUGCCCUCCUGGUGCCAUCACUUCCCCUGGUAAACAACAAACACGUACCUUGAGAUGUGUGUGGACAACAGGAUUCAUUGGCCCUUCGUCCACUGCUCCAAGAUCAAGCUCACAUGCCUAUAUAGGCGCUUUCAGUGGUUAGCAGAAGUUAACAUGAUUGGACUAUGACUGGAUCGCUCUCAUGAAUAGUCACCACCGCUGACCAGGAGCACACCUCAAGCCUCGUCAUUUCAGACAUGGUCUGACCCGGUCGUCCAGCCAUAACCUUGGUAAUUUAGCCCAGGUCUUUACGCCUGCCCAUUUCUUCCGCAUCCAAGACGUCGACUGCAAGAACCAACUCUUCACUUGUCGUCUAAUAUAUCUCAGACUUCUGCUCCAUCUGUGAGGGGCCAUAAUGUAUUGGCUCUUCAGUGCAUCUCAUGAUAUUAGAGAGGAAUUCAAAGUGAUUCAGAGUUUUGGAUGUGAUGUGCUUUGAACGAGAAACAGAUAUUUAUAAUAAUUUUAUUAUAUUUUGUAGUGAUUUUUUUUUUAAUACAGCCAAUGACUGUUAUGUAUCUUCUGUUGCUUUUACGUGUAAUGUUGAAGGUAAAAUAAUGGCAUAUCCAAGAAAGAUUAAGUUCUGUAUGUCCUUACAAUACCUUGUAUGUAUGUACCUAUCCACCAAUAAUGUGUUAAAAAAUAGUUUUAGGCCAAAAGCUUAUAAAACAUUACUUCAAU